GAGGGAAAAAUAAAACCCUCUUGGUUUCUUGAGGUUUUAGCUUUUGCCGUUUGUGUGGUCCUGGGCUUAAGGGGUGCUGGUGGGAAAUACCACCGCUCCGUUUUUUCUGCCCAGGGUUUCUUCUGUUGUGUAUGUGAGCCCACUCCCUCCCAAAGAAGGGAGGUGGGUAUAACUUUGGUACUCCUUCCCACAUGGGCCGGCUCGGCUGUAACACUAAGGCUGUCUUCCUGCUUAAGCAGAACUUUAUCAAGAAGACAGGCUUUCAUAUUUUUAAUCAUUUUUUUUUGCAUCCAGAAUAGAUAUCUUGCCAUUCUAAAGCCAAUUGUGUGGGUUUUGUUGUUUUUAUUCCCAAUUGCCACCAGUUCCCUAGAAUCUAAAAUUUUAGAAUGUAACAGAUUUAUCAAAGUUUCUGUAUUUUGGUUCUGUAGUCAACAUUACCCUGUAAAUUCUCUGUGAACCAGAGUAACUUCCUGUGUGUUUUUCUGUAGUUCCACCGACUGCAUUUUUUUUAAACAGUACUAACAUUUUAUUAACUUUUCUCAUUGUCUAGUCACGAGGGUCAUAGAAGACUAAUUUGGGAUGUUUUUUCUAACAUGCCUGUAAAAUGUCCUGUGUCUAGUAAGCUAGCCUGACGCUGUCUCAGAUUCGUAAUUAGCUGCAUCUGACGUGAGCUGCCCUACCCUGGGCCAGCAGCUAGGGUAGACCUUAGUCUGCAUGCUGUCCAGAAGCCACAUCUAGUUUCCUUUUCAAGAAGGCUUUGCUCAUUUUUGAACAGCAUUAGUUAAGGAAAAUUAUACUAGAUGCAUUUCUUGGGUUUUCAUAGGCUCCUGCUUUAAUUAGGGAUAUGGUUUUACAUUUUAGUCUGCUUUUUAAACAGGGUUGCCCAGGCUAUCAGACAUCAUCGCUGUCCAACAGAGAAACAUUGCCUUUGGGCAGUGCUCUGAUCAAUGUGACAGUGUCAUUGCUUGUCAUUGUGUGGGACUGGUAGAAGAGUGGUUUGACCUGAUCUGGAUGAGUGACUGCAAUGGUCUAUAACAUGGUCCCAACUUUCCUAACGCUGUGGCCCUUUAAUAAAUAUAGUUGCUCAUGUGUGGUGACCCCCAACCAUAAAAUUACUUUUGUUGUUACUUCAUAGCUGUAAUUUUGCUACAGUUAUGAAUUGUAAUGUAAGUAUCCACAUGAAGGAUUCUAAUAUGUGGACCUGUGAAAGGGGUCGCGACCCACAUGUUGAGAACCUGUGGUCUGUAUGUAUAUGAGCAAGAGGUUACUCACGGUAGCAUGGAAGCAUGUGUCUCCUGUUUCAUUUCACCGUGAGUCUUCCCUCUAGUUCACUAGGUCCUGAACUAGCAGAAAUGUUCAGGUAUGGCUUCAGGAUAUUCCAGGCACAGUGCUGCUUGGCUGAGGAGCUUGGAGUCCUAAGUAGACUGUGAAUUAAAGCAUCCCCAGACUUUGCUUAUGCCUGCCUAGUUUCGAUAUUACUCUUUUCCUUUGUGGCAUCCUGUUUUCUUAUCCCCAAAGUGUCCCUUGUUUUUGUUGUUUUAAUACAGGAUCUGGCUAGGUAGUCCUGGCUGGCCUAAAACUCACUGUAUAGACCAGGUUGGUCUCAGACUCACAGAGGUCCACCUAACUUUGCCCCUGAGUUCUGGGAGUGUGCCACCACUUCCACUGUCCCCUAGUUAAUAUCCACAGUCUUUCCAGCAUGUGCAACUUCAAGGCCUGUCUGUCCUGUGUGUCUGCUCUUCCCCCACCCCAUUGUCAGUUUAGGGUAUCCUCGUGCUCCAGAUUCCAGCCGCACGGCACUGUCCUGGUGCUCCUGACCUUUAGCCUCACUUCUUCAUAGCUCCUGUCAACUUAACCGUCAGUUGUGUGAAUACUUGUUUAAUAUCUGUUCCUCUCUCUCUAGAUCACAGGCUGCAGGAAGGAUAUAAACACAAUUGUUCUAGUCACAAUGCCCAGUUGAUAGGAGCACUUGAUACAUGUUUUUUAUGUAUACAUGUGACUGAAUGUGAUGUAUCUGAGCUUCAUUGAGAAAUGGGAUUAGGGCUGAGCAGGAUCUUGUGAAACUUGAGAACAGAAUUAGCAGCAAUGAAUGUUACAUACCCUUAUGCAAUUUAAGCACUUACCUUUUUAAAAUUUUAUGUAUAUGGAGUGUUUUGUUUGCAUGUAUGUCUGUGUACAACUUGUGUGCCUAGUGCACACAGGGCAUUGGAUCCCCUGGGACUAGAGUAGUUGUGAGCCACUAUGUGGGUGCUGGGAAUCAAACCUGCUCCUAACUGCUGAGCUAUCUUUUCAGCCCACUCUCCGUAAACACUUCUUAAAUAUGACGUUUAUUGUAAAAGUUUUUGCUUUUUUGUUGUUAUCAAACUUAGGCCUUUAGUAUACUAAGUAAGCAUUCUACUACUGAGCUAUAUUUUCAGGAGUGUAAAAGUUUUGUGUUUUUUUUUUUAAUAAUUUCUUUAGCUUUUAUUUUAUGUGCAUUGGUGUGAAGGUGUCAGAUCUCCAGGAACUGGAGUUAUAGACAGUUGUGAACUGUCAUGUGCUGGGAAUUGAACCUGGGUCCUCUGGAAGAGCAGCCAGUGCUUUUAACCACUGAGCUAUCUCUCCAGUCCCCUUGUGGGUUGUUUUGGGGGGGGGGUUAUUGUUUUAUGUUAAAAAGUAGUAUAUAGGUGUCCAGUGAGGUAGUUCAGCAGGUAAAGGUGCUUGCCACCUGGCAGCCUGAGUUUGAUCUCCAGGACCCAUGACAUGAAAGGAUAGGCCUAACUCCUACAAGCUGUCCUUUGACCUCCACACAUGCAUCAUGGCACAUGGGGGCUCACUCAAGUGUAUACACAUACACAAAAAUAAAUGCACUAAGCAUAAAAAAAUCUUUUGAGAUCGUAUGUGUAAUUAUGCAUGCGUGUCUGACAUUGGUACUCUGCUCAGUACUUCAUUCUGAGAACUGUAAGUAUGGCUUUAAUCAUGCAGAGGUCUACCGGGAAAGCACCCUUGCUGGUUGCUGUUACCUCUCCUCUCCUCAGGGAGGAGGGCAAGUUUAUUUGGUUACCCAUUCCAAAAAGGCUAAUCAAAUGUCCCUUUGUUAGCAGUUCACAAAGCUUCCACUGAAUGUGGUUUGUGUGCCUUGAAUUCACAAUGGAAGCAGAGGGCAGCAAGGGGAUGGUGAACCUCCAUUUGGGUGGAAACCUUUCUGUUUAGUAAACUUGAAGCUUGGUCAGCCAAGACCACAGGAGGUGCUCCUACAGUGGAGCAGUCCAUAUGCGAAGAUCGCCUGUGGUCCAGCUCCCAGCACACUGACCAUGGAGAGGAAAAUGCCAUCCAGAGAGAGCCCUCGAAGGCUCUCUGCCAAGCCAGGCCGCGGCCCAGAGGUGAAAAGAGGAGCUCGACCGCUCGGCGUGGUGGCUGCCGACUCAGACAAGGACUCUGGCUUUUCAGAUGGGAGCUCAGAGUGCCUGAGCUCUGCAGAGCAGAUGGAAUCAGAGGACUUGCUGAGUGCCUCGGGCUGGAGCAGAGAGGACAGGCUGCAGCCCAACUCCAGAGCUGCAAACAGUGCCUUCCCCGCGCUGUCCCCGAUGGUGAUCAUGAAGAAUGUGCUGGUCAAGCAGGGCAGCAGCUCAUCCCAGCUCCAGUCCUGGACUGUCCAGCCCUCCUUUGAAGUGAUCUCAGCACAGCCACAGCUCUUUGUCCUUCACCCGCCGGUGCCAUCUCCUGUCAGCCCCUGCCAUACUGGGGAGAAAAAGUCAGAUUCCAGAAACUACUUGCCCAUUCUCAAUUCUUACACCAAAAUAGCCCCUCACCCAGGCAAAAGGAAUCUCUCCCUCAGCUCGGAAGAAAGAGGAGCGAGUGGGGUGCCAAAGAAAAUCUGUAAGGAGAGACUGGGACCAGUCCUGUCUUCCAGCGAGCCAGCCAAGACUGGCCCUGUGCUCUCCAGUCCUUCCACUCCAGCCCCACCCAGCUCCAAACUCACCGAGGACUCAGCGCUGCAAGGAGUGCCCUCCCUGGGGGCCGGUGGGAGUCCACAGACUCUUCAGCCCGUGUCCAGUAGUCACGUGGCUAAAGCUCCCAGUCUGACCUUCGCUUCGCCCGCCAGUCCUGUGUGUGCGUCAGACAGCACUCUGCACGGCCUGGAGAGCAGCUCCCCUCUUUCGCCGCUCUCGGCCAGUUACAGCUCACCGCUCUGGGCGGCAGAGCAGCUCUGCCGCAGCCCAGACAUCUUUUCAGAGCAGAGGCAGAGCAAGCACAGGCGUUUCCAGAAUACCUUAGUGGUCCUCCACAAGUCUGGUUUGCUGGAAAUUACUUUGAAAACCAAGGAGUUGAUUCGUCAAAACCAAGCAACUCAGGUGGAACUAGACCAGCUGAAGGAGCAAACCCAGAUGUUUAUAGAGGCCACCAAGAGCAGGGCUCCUCAGGCGUGGGCCAAGUUGCAGGCCUCACUAACAUCUGGAUCCAGUCAUUCAGGCAGCGAUCUAGACGCAUUGUCUGAUCACCCAGUCAUCUAGCACAGAAGCGUUUUCCAGUUACUUGGGUGGUUCUUUUGCACUCUAUCUCCACUUGUUUUCCACAGCCUAUUUAAGAGCUUUCUUUCUAAACUCACUCACAAAGCCACGUGCCAGUCCCUGGCUGCCAUCUUAAUCUGUGGUUCACGCACAGGUUAAGUGCAUCUAUGUUCUCUGAAGACCUCCAAUUGGAGUGUCUCUGAGUCCCUUUUCCUUAGCCUGUGGCACUUAGCUGGAUCUUGGGACAAAGGCGAGAUAACUGUGGGUGUCUCCCAGCUUCCCACUCACUGUCCAUGGUUCAAGGUCCAGUGACAUAGAUGAGUGUACAGAAUGACACCCGUCAAACCAAGGACUCGGUGACCUAAGGAGCCCUUCACGGCCCGCCCUCAAGUAUCUUACUCACAGAGAAAAAUAUGAGGCUGUGUUUAAAUUCUACCAGGCAUUGUGCCAGUUGGGCGAAACCUAAAAUGCUUUGGGCACAGGUUGUGCCAGGGUGCAAGCAUUUAAUCACACGAGGCUUUGUUUCUUACACUUGUAAGUUGUGAGAGAAAGGGCAGAGCAUCUGAUUCACACAUUGGUCAUACAUCAGAUCUCACAUAAGUAGGCAUAUACUUCAGAUUUUUAAAAUAUAGACUGGAUUCAGUACCAUCUGGAAUUGUGUUUGAUGAAUUGCUUCUUUGAUUAAAGGGUCAGGGAAGCCAGCAUUUUUUGUCACUAGCUGGAAGAUUUUGUUAGUUCAUACUUGAAAUAGCACAACCUGUCUUACAUCUAAAAAGCCUGAGACAGGACUGCAAGAUGGCUCAGUGAGUAAAGGUGCUUAAUGCCAAGACGGCUGAGCUGAAUUUGAUUCCCAGAACCUACAGAGUAGAAGGAGGGAACCCACUGCUGCAGUUUGUCCAUCACACAUGCACACACACGCUAGAAAAGUAAAUGAAUAUAAAAUUAAACAAGCCACCAUCAACAUUAGCAAUCAGAAGCUUGAGAUGGCUUCAGUGGGUCCUCAGGGUCUGGUGCAAGUGACCCUCUGCUGUCUCUUGUCUGUGCCUCACCCAGCUCUUUCUGUGGGGAAAAGUGACUGUGCUUUUAAGCUGAAUUAAGUAAAGCCCCGAGGUUAGAAGAAGGCACAAAAGUCAGAGAGGAUCCUUCCCUGUCCUCACGUCUGAGUUCUGUCCAUCCCCUGUGGUGAUGGGGAGCAGUGUGGCGGCCCUGUGUCUCGUGUUAGCUGUGGCAGCAGGGCUGAAGUGUGGUGCUCCUCUCAGAGGCUGACCUUAGGGAUGGAGACUCUGAGGGUCCAGAUGACACAUUCUUCCCAGCUCCCCUGUGCUGGUAGCCAUAGCCUAAACAGUAAAGAGUCAAGGGAUUCUAUCCUCUUGCUUAAAAUUUUUAUCCCUUAAAAAUCUUUGUCCUUCGCAAAUUGGUUUUAUGACCAGCAUCAUCUUUCUGCACAGAGAAAGAUGCUCAUGGGGCUAUACUAGAUCCAGGGUUAAGGGUCAUAGGGUUUUUUGUUUGUUUGUUUGUUUUUUAAGAUUUAUUUAUUUAUUAUGUAUACAAUGUUCCUCCUGCCUGUACACCUGCACACCAGAAGAAGGCACCAGAUCUCAUUACAGAUGGUUGUGAGUCACCAUGUGGUUGCUGGGAAUUGAACUCAGGACCUCUGGAAGAACAGCCAGUGCUCUUAACCUCUGAGCCAUCUCUCCAACCCAUGGGUCACAGUUUUUAAGGACUUGGUUGUAAGACUCAGGUUAACUCUACUGUGUUCAUAUAGACAUAUGAUUUGGAUAUGACUAGUUGAAAAAUAAUCAACUUGGUAAAAUCUCUUUACUCUCUGAUCAGUGCAGAAUCAUUACCUGCUGUUUGUGCUCUGAAAGAGUUUCCAAAAUCAGAGCCCGUGUCUCUGGGCAAACUCAGCUCCUUGUGAUAUGCCUCCCCACAAUCUGUAUGGUAUCAUAGCCACUCCACUAGGAAGCUUCCUUUUUGGCAGAAUGUCUGGCAGGAAAACUGUAGAGACAGGUGCAUUCAGAACAGCCUGGGCACCAGCCGCGAGUUUUACCGAGCGUCAGAAGGCUGGAAGCACUUGCUGAGAACCAAAUGUACUCCACUGGAAAAGACCUCAGUGGAGCUAAGCCUCUUGGACUCUUGCUCCUAGAUAUGGCUUUUCAUGUCCCUUCCUAUCUCCAUAAAAGACGAUGAAAGCCACCGUAGAUCUUCAGGGUUCGGUGGCAGGGAGGGUUACCGCUCCUCUGUGAUCUUAGAGCCACAACUGCAAGUCUCUAGGCUGUGUUCUGUUCCUGGUGGAGCUGGAAGCAGGUGGACGCUAGUAGAGAAGCUAGAUCUUAGAAGGAGCGAGCCUUUGAGGUCAGAGGCUAGACCAGCGUUUGGAGGAAGCCUGGAGUGGACCGGAAAGAUCUUCGUUGGUUGCCCAAAGCUGUAAGUAGCAACAGCCCCAGUGGUGCAUGCUGUAGGUCCUGAUGAAGCGUUGUGCAGGGCUGUUGUUUUCCCAAAGUGAGAAGUCAGUUUUCGCUCAGGCCAGCCCAUAGGAGAACCUUUGUUGGGUUGUAUUGACAAUAUUGGAACACAUUUAGAAAGGUUCCUGAUUGAAUUAGGUAUAGAAUUUACCGUCGUUUGUAAUUUACUACAUUGUUUUAUGGAUUAUAGCAUCAUCUGACUUCUCUGGUGUGAUUCCUCAGCACACAGUUACUCUUGCACAUAUACUGAAGUGGCUUUUCAGCCACAACCUCCUUAGGGUAUAGACUUUACCAAAUGUGAAUCUUUUCAGAGCGUGUGAAGUUAUAUAGAAACUGGCUGUGAAAUGUCAGAGGAAAAAAAUAAAAGUCACUUACUUGAAAACUA